AUGAGCGUGAGUGUUGAAGAAUUCCGCGAAUAUGUCGAAAGUGGAGAGGUGCCCGUCGACAGCCAUGAUCGGCUGUUGCGAAUAGCCUUCGUUGAUCUGGACGCACGCGGGUGGGAUGGCGAUGGAGUCUUCGAUGUCGUGGAAGAACUCCACACGCGACGUUGGUCAUUUGGCCGGGGGGGUUUACAGUUCAAUCGCACUCUCGACGUCUUUUACUUGACCCAAAUCAUGGCAGCCCUCUACCGCGCCUCCGACCAAAUGAACGGCGACUUCUGGCCAACGCUAGAAAACUUUGACACGUUCUACGACCAGCAGCACGACCUGCUUAACCGGGACGCAUGGAAAGAGUACUACUCACCGGCUUUCCUGAAGCAGCCCACCUCGGCUCGCUUCUACCGCCUCCCCAACUUACGGGACCUCCCGGACGCGAGCGACCCGCUCGCGGGACCACGACCACAAAAAGGAUACGGCCACUUCACCAAGAUUCCGCGCUGGGCACACAGCGUUGUACGCACGCAGCGGAAUCAACCUACCCUCCCCAAAGAAACCAUCACCCAAAUAGCCCUCUCCACCCUCCAGCAGACCACCUCACGCUUACGAAAGGACAACCACCCAAAGGGACAACCUUACUCCGAGACCCAAACCUGGUUCUGGCUUCGGAAAAUGGGCAUAGAUUCGCCGUCGCGCUCCCCCAAGGAGUCCGCAGGCGGACCUGACCAAUUCGGCGCUGACAUUGGACGAGGCGACAUCGACAUGUGUCGAUGGGAAGCGUACUACUCACCGAAACUGUGGAACUCGAUGGAGGCGCGGACUGUGGUUCUCGAGCCCGAUUUGGACGGGACGCGCCCGAGCGAGUUUUGGGGGUGCGGGUGGCCGGACGGCGGGACGACCCUUUCCGUGUGGCAGAGGGGGUGGGAUCCAGAAGUGGGGAGUGAGGAGGAGAUUGAGUUCAUGGCUGCUGUUGCGGCGAAGGAGACGGAGGGUGUCGAUGUUGAUCUGGGGAAUUUGGACUACUCGAUACGGUCGCAAGUGCUUUUGGCCGUGAUGCGUGCUGCCUUUGAGACCGCGACUGAGCGGCGGGAAAAGGAAAUAGAGGAUCUGAAGCAGCGGAUAGUCGAGAUGGGAAGGAUCAAGGAUGAGAGUAAGGCUGAGCAGUGGGUUCGGGAAGUCUUGAAGGUCAUGGCGCCGUACGCGCAGAAGCGGGAUCAAGAUGGAUGGCCUGCUGCUGUGGAGGAUCGGGGUGAAUUGCUGCGGCGCAUCCUGCUCGAAAACGGACAGCUUUUCGCAAGAUGGAGGCAUCCGCGCCGUUCCAAAGAGUAUCAUUUCGAGCCGGAAGCAGCGGAACCGUGGUAA